AUGCUCAGUGCUAAAGAUAUUAGAAACUUGGGAUACAACCAUUAUCUAGAUCCUGGGAAGGUGCAACUGAUGUCCUCUCGUUAUCGUUUUUACGCCUUAGUUACUUGUCUUGCCGUGGCCCAUUGGGUUAUUUUAAAAGAUCGACAAUUUGGCAGUCCAUUAAUGGAGUACACAGUAGUCGAUGCAAUUAUGAGACGCCAUCCACGGUUCCCACACAUCAUUCAUUGGUCAGCGUGGAGGAUUAACCACAAGGUCUCUCUGCCUUCAGCCUGUAGGCCGCCGCCGCCUUUCGCCGCUGAGAGUUUGAAGUCAAUUAACGACAGCUUAACCAAUCCUAGUCGUCAGAACUGUCCUCAAAACAGGCUCUAUACGCCAAAGCCAGGGUUCAUGGGCGCUGCUCAUCGAAUAGCGUCUCUUUUCAAACACCCCAGUCAAAAAGAUCGCUUAGCCCGUCCCUCUCAUUCUGGGUUCCAAGGUUGCAGACGACCAUCGACCAGUAGACGCGGUGAUUCAGAUGAGCGUCAAUUAGGGUCCUCCAAGGGAGGAGAACUUAGCGCACUCUUUUAG